CGUCUCAUAUCUAACAGCCAGGACAGUGCAGGCGCCGCCUCGGUUCUUCUUCUGUGGUGUUUCCUUCAUUGUUACAUUUGAAUUGCUGCUUUUCCUCAUCUCAACACAUCACGUUGUUUAUUUUUACUUUGUGUUAUUCUGUCCCCCUAUUGUGAACAUUAUGUGUGACUGUGUAUGUGAGUAUGUCGGCGUAAAUGAGCGUCUACCUUUACUUUCAUUUGUGGCUAGCUUGAAGCUUGUGGCUAGCUUGUUUAACGAACCAAGCGAACGCGUUUUAUUCGCUUGUGUUGAUGUAUAUAGAUUUUAAGGAGGGCGGGUGUUUCUCAUCUGGUCUGGUUUCUUUUAUUUUGUUAUUUUUAAUAUCAAAGCCAAAUUUCUUCAUCUGAGCUGAACGGCUGAGAGAGUUAGAUAUUAGCUUUUCUUCACACUCUUGUUUAUAAUCAUUACUUGAUUUCGACAUACGUGAGAGAGACGGGGUCUUUAUAAAAUCGGUUUUUGGUUUUAUUUUAUAUGUUCGGCGUAGAUGGUGUGAAUGGGUAUUUUCCCCACAGCCCGUAAAGGCAGCACAGUAUCGCAGCAUCGGCGGACCUCAGGUGAAUCUGCUGGUGGCGGCUGCACAGCGGAGCCAAUGGAAGAUUAAAGCGGCGGCAUGGCGGACAGGGAGACGCGGAAAGGCGGCACGCCGUCAGGGCGCAGCGUCCAGGUGAAGUCUCCGGCCAGCUUCAGGUUAACCCAUGACAUCAGCCUAGAUGAAUUUGAGGAUGACGACCUGUCGGAGAUUACAGAGAUCACGGACGAGUGUGGGAUGAGUCUCAACUGUAACGGCCCAGACGUGAAGGGCCACGUGAGGCGAGGAACCAGUGGUGUGUCGGGGAGGGCAGAGCUGGGCGCUGUCGGACAGCUUCAGGCAGAGAUGCUUCAUUUGGACCUCAUAGACGGUGCUGACGGUUACCGCAGCGACAAAGAGUCCUUAAAGGCGCCUGCCACUGCACCCCCACCAGUCACCAAGGCCCCUGCAGCACCUGUUACCAUGGAUACCUACCGUCCCAAGAGACCCACGACCCUUAACCUCUUCCCGGUUGUGCCGCGGACACAGGACACAUUGAACAACAACUCGUUUGGGAAGAAGUACAGUUGGCAGGAGAAGGUUUCCGGCUCGUCCUCGCCUCUGAAAACAGGUGAGCUCUCGCCUCCACGCGAGCACAGCUGCCUGAGCGACGAGGACAAGCUACAGGGUGGAGGCGCGCACACCAAGGACCGCGGGACCUCCACCGACGCCCCCUGCAGACGAGGCCACGCGUCUGCACACGCCCACGCUUCAUCCGCAGCAGCUGCAACGCGCUCCAAGCUCCAGGAGCGGCCGCCUGCUCCACCGCCACCGCCGCAGAACUACACACCAGCCCCGCUGUACCCGCCUGGUAAGGCCGACGGGGGGGGGCACCACCGGGAACGGAUCCGCUACCACACGGAUGUGCGUCUGGAGCCCACAGAGGAGAUCUACCUGACGCCAGUGCAGCGUUCCGCUGACACCCUGGACGCAGCCGGCGUGCAGGAGCGGCCUUUUCUUUCCCAGCAGACUGAGCAGGGGCGCAUGUCCCUCAGCUCCGACACAGAGGGACCUCCGCCCUACCAGCCGCUCCCAGACCGGACGAACCCCUCCAUCUACGAGGAGGACGAGGGCUACAUCCCCCCGCCUUCGUACGCGUCCUGCGUGGAGUCCCUCAUCACGCCGCCCCGCGCGGCUGCUGCAGCUCGCUGCUCCGUGGCGCUGGACCUCAGUCUGAAUGGGACGGGAUCUGCCGGCGCCGCGCUGCGAGCCGGGUCCUCGGUGGAGUAUGUGGAUGCCACAGAUGAGAGCUACUGUGGGGAGGAUGAGGAUGUGGACAGGAUACUAGUGGACGCCAGGAUAAGGAAGGGGCGAGCUAAGGGGGAGUGCGGCGGCACGGCGGCUCCACUGAGGACUUGCAUGAGCUCAGAAGCCAGCGGUCUUUCCUACGACUCGGUCAAAUACACGCUGGUUGUGGACGAGCACGCGCAGCUGGAGCUGGUGAGUCUGCGGCAGUGUUACCAGGGCUACAGCGACGACAGCGACUCGGCCACCGUCUACGACAACUGCGUCUCCUCCCCCUACGAGUCGGCCAUCGGGGAGGAGUACGAGGAGGAAGACGAGGAGGAGGAGGAGGAUGGGGCUGGAAUGGGAGGCGUGAGGAGAGAGGCCACAGCUUGUCUGUCUGAAGACUCCACCCCAGAGGCAGACCUGCACUUCUCCAAGAAGUUCCUCAAUGUCUUCAUGAAGGGACGCUCGCGCUCCUCCAGCGCUGAGUCCUUUGGCUUAUACACGUGUGUCAUCAACGGAGAGGAGCGGGACCAGAGCCACAGAGCCGUGUACAGGUUUGUCCCUCGACACGACGAUGAGCUGGAGCUGGAAGUGGAUGAUCCGCUGCUGGUGGAGGUCCAGGCGGAGGAUUACUGGUACGAGGGCUACAACAUGAGGACAGGUGCCAGGGGGGUCUUCCCCGCAUACUAUGCCACAGAGGUGACCAAGGACUCCGACAGCUACAAAGUAAAGAGCAGCGAGUGGAUGGACCGGUACCGGCUGAAGUUCCUGGGCUCAGUCCAAGUGCCCUACCACAAAGGGAAUGAUGUACUGUGUGCAGCCAUGCAGAAGAUCGCUACUAACCGGAGGAUGACGGUGAAGUACAACCCGCCGUCGUCCUGCUUCCUGGACAUCAGCGUGAAGGGCAUCAAGCUUGCUGUUCAGGAGGACUAUUACGCUUCUGACAGAAGCAACGAGUGCAGUCACUUCUUCCAGUUAAAGAACGUGUCGUUCUGUGGUUAUCAUCCCAAAAACAGCAAGUACUUCGGGUUCAUUACCAAACAUCCUGCAGACCAGAGAUUCGCCUGCCACGUGUUUGUGUCUGAGAACUCCACCAAACCGCUUGCUGAGUCAGUUGGGAAAGCCUUCCAGUUGUACUAUAAAGAGUUUGUGGAGUUUUCGUGCCCCACAGAGGACAUCUACCUGGAAUAGUCCUGCCCCUCCCUCCACUACAGCCCUGUACAAUAUAUUGUAACAUAGCAUUGCAUGAAGGACGGACUUAUCUCACUUUAACCAAUAAAUUAACUAAUUGCCAAAUCUGCCAGUAGACAGGGCAGGAAUGAUGUAGUAGAGGAUAUGGGUCGUUGAGCAAGAACGGGUGAAAUAAGCCAAAGGAGCCAAAGACUUUACUGAGAAAAGAAAAUAUGCAAAGUGGAGACAGGGGCAUCGCGAUCACAGGCUGUCACUGGGAAGCACAAGCAUCAUCUGCACUGACCCACACUGAGACCCAGGAGCCACGCGGGACUGCACGAACAAUGACUGCACCACCAUGCAAAUCACUUCCCAUCACUGCAAAUGCACAGCAAGUCGAGCAGCGGACCACGUAGGAGCAGCAUUUCAUCCUGUUACCUCAUACUCCACCCUGUGUUGUUCAGGUCUUUGAUGGAACUGACAGACCCUGAGGUCAAAUCCAGGCAUCUUCACCUGCUGACGAAUCCAUGACAAGUCAAACACAGGCAGGCAGGCAGACAGACAGGCAGACAGAUGGGCAGACAGGCAGACAUGCAGGCAGACAGACAGGCAGACAGAUGGGCAGACAGGCAGACAUGCAGACAGACAGGCAGACAGACAGAUGGGCAGACAGGCAGACAUGCAGACAGACAGGCAGACAGACAGAUGGGCAGACAGGCAGGCAGACAGAUGGGCAGACAGGCAGACAGACAGACGGGCAGACAGACAGAGAGGCAGGCAGACAGACAGGCAGGCAGACAGACAGGCAGACGGACAGGCAGACAGACAGACAGACAGAUGGGCAGACAGACAGACAUGCAGACAGAUGGGCAGACAGGCAGGCAGACAGACAGACGGGCAGACAGGCAGACGGACAGACAGGCAGACGGACAGACAGGCAUACGGACAGACAGGCAGGCAGACAGAUGGGCAGACAGACAGACAGAUGGGCAGACAUGCAGACAGACAGAUGGGCAGACAGACAGACAUGCAGACAGACAGGCAGACAGAUGGGCAGACAGGCAGGCAGACAGACAGACGGGCAGACGGACAGACAGGCAGACGGACAGACAGGCAGGCAGACAGAUGGGCAGACAGACAGAUGGGCAGACGGACAGAUGGGCAGAUGGACAGGCAGGCAGGCAGACAGACAGACAGGCAGACAGACAGACGGGCAGACAGACAGACGGGCAGGUGGGACUUCACGCAUGGUUCAUCAGCUGUGGCUGGGCCUCGAAGAGCAGUCCUCAGAUUCACAUCAUCAGCCUGAAGUGAACCUCAUGAGGCUGCUGGCUUAAAGGGAGCAGAAGCAAAGCUCUGGUGUCUUCAGGCCUUCACUGGUAGUGCCUCUUUUCAUGGACUCGUUGUGUAGUUUACAGUAAAUGUCUCCAGUGCUGUGACUGGACCUGCACUGGCCGAGGCUUGGUUUGUUUAAUCUGAGGUCUAUAUUUUGCAGAGGAUGAAAUUCUGUGAAGAAGGAAUAUUGAAUCAUUGAUGUGGCACCGAUGGUUCAGCCAUGUGAAAACGUCAGUGGGGACUAUAAAGGUGUACAGACAUGCCAUAUAUAAAGAAUUAAUUUUCUAUUUGUAAUUACAGAAAUAAUACAUUGAGUCAAUGUGUGGUAUGUGGAAUUUUUAUUUAUUUUGUAAUUUCUUUAGGUGUGAAUCCUUUAUUUAAAAUUUUUAUUGCAGCCC